AUUUUUCUAAGUGCAAGUAUAAAAAUAUAAUAAUUAUAUUAGUUUAACAAAAAUGGGAUUAUUAUUUUACAAAUGUUUAAUCCUAUUUACUUCUUGUACACUAGGGGUUUCACAAUCGCAGGAAAUUUUGUCUAAUAUUGUUACACUAAACCAUGGAGGACAAAUACAAGGACAUCUACUAAAAAGUCAAAAACAAAAUGUUUAUUAUGCUUUUCAAGAAAUACCUUACGCCACUCCACCAGUAGGAAAUUUUAGAUUUAAGGAAGCCACUGAACCUGUACCUUGGCAAGGAGUAAAAAAAACUACAAAAAAUACCAAAAUUUGUAUACAAUUUCCAAAAAAUGAUCCAAGAGAAACUGAAGAUUGCUUGUAUCUUAAUGUUUACACACCACAGAAACCUGGAUCUACCCAAAAACUUUUGCCAGUAUACGUGUUUGUACACGGUGGAUUUUUAUUAAAAAAUGAUGGAACAUUUGAAUUAUUUGGACCUCAAUUUCUCAUGGAUUAUGGAAUCGUUGUAGUUACCUUAAACUAUCGUUUGGGACCGUUCGGCUUUAUUAGUACUGAAGACGAUGUCUUACCAGGAAAUUUAGGCAUAAAGGAUCAGAUAUUGGCUUUACAAUGGAUUCAAAAAAAUAUAAAAUUAUUUGGUGGUGAUCCCAAAAAAGUUACUCUUGGAGGACAUAGUUCUGGAGGAAGUUGCGUUGGACAUAUUAUUUUAAAUAAACAAUCUAAAGGUUUAUUUCGCUCUGUAAUUCAAGAAAGUGGAUCCCCUUUAAAUUCUAAAAUGUUUAUGAAACAUCCCAGAUAUUUUGCUUUCCAAUUGGGUCAAUUGAUUAAUAAUAAUAUUGAUGCUAAAAAUUCUUCUCAAGAAUUACUAAAAGUUUUACUUGAUGCUAGUACAGAAGAUAUUAAGAAAAAUAGUGGAUUACCUAUACCAGAAAAUAUGAGGAACGCUGUGGGGAAUCAAGGUAAUACCGUAUGGAAUCCAGUAGAAGAACAUUCAAGAAAUGGCGUAAUUAAAGGAUUAAUGCAUGAGAAUUUCAAAAAUGGUAUUUUUAACAAAGUGCCCAUGCUUAUUGGUGUUAAUAGUGAGGAACAAUUAAAGUUUGAUUUAGAAGAGUUAAAAACCAAAACCAAAUAUUUCGAUGAAAAUGCAGCAUACCUUAUAAACGGCAACCUUAAUAUCACGGAAGAAAAUAAGCUUCCAGCUGGUACUAAACUUAAGAAAAUCUAUACUAAUACAACUUUCGAAGAAGACUUUCCAGCAUUUAUUAGGUUUGUUAGUGAUGCAUCAUAUACAACUGGUGUAUAUAGACAAGCAGAACUGCAAUCCAAAUAUGUCGACGUUUUUAUGUAUCAGUUUUCUUACGAUGGAAUUUUGGGUGGCAUUAAUAGCAGCAUACCAGGUGUUGGCCAUACAGAAGAACUAAAUUACUUAUUUCAAAAUAAAUUUAAUAAAAAUAUAGACUCGUUUCCAACCAGCGACCUUAAAGUUCAAGAAACAAUUCUAACAUUGUGGACCAAUUUUAUAAAAUACUUGAACCCCCUUCCUCAAAAUGGAGCAAAGUGGCCAAAAGUUACACCAAACUUAUUGUCAUAUCAGAACAUUAAAGAUACGCUUCAAGUCGCCACAAAUCCAAAAGUUUACAAAGAUAUAAAGAAAAUUUAUGAAGAAUACGCCGAAGAAAUUCAAUAUACCUAUUAAUAUAUAU